UUACAGAUAAGCCUGAGAUCUCCCAGGAGAAGACCUUGAUGGCUGGUGAGGAGGUGACCCUGACCUGCACAAGCCCUGGAAGAUGCAAUGGUUCUGCUCCUCUAAUCACAUGGAGUGGAGUACAGGGGAAGAAUAUCACCUAUCGGAUGGACUAUCUAGAUGGGAACAAAACGUACUACUCCAAUAUCACAUUUAUUCCAUCCAGGGUGGAUCACAAUUCGUCGCUGAGCUGCACUGUAACCUUCCAAAGAAGCAAUGCCACAACGAGUCAGCAAAUCUCUUUAAAUGUUGAAUAUCCUCCUUAUAUUAAUAUCGCCAUCAAAGGUAAUACCACCACUGAGGACACACGUAUCACUGUGCUGGAAGGAGACUCCUUAGUCAUUGAAUGCAUUGUGGACAGCAACCCUCAAGCCAACAUUUCAUGGCAUGAUAAAGACUCACUGCUCCGUGGACCACUGAAUGGAGAGUUACUAACCUAUGAACUGAGGAACAUCACAUCAAAUGAUGCUGGAAGAUACCAAUGCUCAGCCCAGAAUAACCACUGGAUCAGGAACAGAACCAUAGACAUCAUCGUGCAUUAUCCUCCUUAUAUUAACAUCACCAUCAAAGGUAAUACCACCACUGAGGACACACAUAUCACUGUGCUGGAAGGAGACUCCUUAGUUAUUGAAUGCAUUGUGGACAGCAAUCCUCAGGCCAACAUUUCAUGGCAUGAUAAAGACUCACUGCGCUUUGGACCACUGAAUAGAGAGUUACUACCCUAUGAACUGAGGAACAUUACAUCAAAUGAUGCUGGAAGAUACCAAUGCUCAGCCCAGAAUAACCACUGGAUCAGGAACAGAACCAUAGACAUCAUUGUGCAUUAUAAACCCAGAGAAAUGUCUUGUGUGCCCUCCUGCUGCCUGGAGCAGUCAAGUAAAAUUAAGUGUCAAUGCAUAAUUAUGGCGUUUCCAGAAGCAAUUACACAGUGGAAAGUGAAUGAAGAAUCCUAUCCCUCUUCCUAUAAUAAAAUUGACCUUCAAAUUACCACUGACCUAUAUGGUCCAUUAAGUAUAAGUAUACUAGAGAUAAAUGUAACCCAGGGGUAUAUGCCGAAUAUACAGUGCAGUAGUUCCAAUCAGCAAGGAGAACUGGUCAUAAAACUGCUAAAUGGCAGAAGAACUCUCCGCAGCUCUUACACCACCAUUAUACUUGCUGUAGUGUUUGCUAUACUAUUUAUCGCUGUGCUGUCGGUAAUAGGCCUUUCUUUAAUACAUUACUACAGGAAGAGGAAAUUGAAGCAAAUAGCUGAAAAAAAGACGGAAUGCAGCACGGACUGCAAAGAAAUCUACCGUAGCACAACGGUCUUCUUCAACGAGGGAUACAAGCCAGAGGGGAUGCCAGAAGACCGGGCUCCGGCUGAUGAGGAAGAUGAACGUUAUGCUACGAUUAUUUUUCCACAGCGGAAACCCAGAGCUUCUGUAGAAGAAGUUGAGACAGGUUAUGUAUGCGGUUCCACUGCAGCUGUGAAUGGAACUUCUAUGCCAGUUACAUUCAUAUAAAAAUGAGGGCUCACCCACAAAAGGCCUUCCGAUCACAGUCCGGAAUCUCCAAGAGAAAGUGUCUGAGACAUGGUUGAUUAGCAAGUUGGACUUUAUACAAAAGAUAACUCGUAGUUAAAAAUACAUACUGUAACUAAACCAAUCUGAUGCCAUUGAUGUAUUAAUUCUUCUUCUUUUUUUGAUUCAAUGUUUAAUAAUUAUUUAUCAAUGUUUUCACAAUAAAA